AUGUCCAAGUUCGCUCCCCACCGCCGCUCGGCGAACGCCCCUCGUCCUACCUCCUCUACUAUCUGUCAGAAAUGCCUCGGUACAGGACACUUCACGUAUGAAUGCAAAGGUUCUCGGCCGUACAUCUCCCGCCCAUCUCGGACGCAGCAGCUCGAGAACCCGCGCGUCCUUGCCAAGCUGAAAGCGGACGGGAAGCCGUCCGUCGAGGUUCCCGAGGAAUUCAAGAACAAGAGUGGCACCGCGAACCGUAUCUUGGAGGCGAAAGAAAAGGAGAGAGCCAAGGGCACUGAGGACGGCAAGAAGAAGCGAAGCCGGUAA